AUGGGGGAUGAAAACCAAACCAUAGAGAUCCAGUUCCACUUUCACCCAUUUUCACCCAUCCUGGAGGUACAAAUGUUUCUUUUUGUGGCUUUUCUGCUCAUGUAUACUGGCAGUCUCAUUGGUAAUGCCACAAUCUUUCUCACUGUCUGGGCAGAGCGUUCGCUCCACAGUCCCAUGUAUUUCUUUUUGGCCAACCUGGCGGUUCUGGAGAUCUUUUACUCUUCCACAGUUGCUCCUCUGGCUUUGGUCAACCUCCUGACCAUGGGGAGAAUACCCAUCUCUUUCACUGGCUGUGGCACACAGAUGUUCUUCUUUGUCUUUCUGGGCAGUGCUGACUGUAUCCUCUUGGGGAUCAUGGCUUAUGAUCGGUUUGUAGCUGUCCGGGAUCCCUUGCAUUACACCCUCAUCAUGAGAUGGCAGCUGUGCGCCCAGCUGGCUAUAGGAGUUCUGGUCCUUGGUUUCAUUCCAGCUUUACAACUGACAGUUCUGAUUUUCCAUCUGCCAUUUUGUGGCCACAAUAAAAUCACUCACUUCUACUGUGAUGUACUCCCUAUCUUGCGGUUGGCAUGUGGAGAUACUCGAAUGCAAGAAGCCAUGAUCUUCAUGGCCAGUGUCCUCGUCCUUACCAUUCCCUUUUCACUGAUCUCCAUCUCAUACAUCUUCAUUGUGGCUGCCAUUUUGAAGAUACACUCAGCAGAGGGAUGGCACAAAGCCUUCUCCACCUGCUCUUCUCAUGUGACUGUGGUUCUCCUCCAAUAUGGCUGCUGUAGCCUUAUCUAUUUACGCCCCAGCUCUAGCUACAACCCAGAAGUGGGCUGUGUGGUGUCUGUUGUCUACACCUUUGUCACCCCUGUCUUGAAUCCCUUGAUCUAUAGUAUGAGAAACAAGGAGCUGAAAGAUGCACUAAAUAAGGUAAUGAAAAGACAUUUACUAAACUAGGAAAUGUGAGAGU